AUACACAAACGCACACGUAUAUUUGAGUAGAUAGAAAAACAGUUGGAACAGGCUUGACAAUCAGACUCUAAGCUCUACUGCUUGUUUACCAACCUAAACACAUUUUACUCUUUUUCCAGAAAUAAAUAAAUUCAAGAAAUUUUAAAAUAUGAUAUACAUGGACUAUUUUACCCCUCCUCCGUAUCUUAGGCCGACGAGGCUAGAAUCCACCUAGUAGAUGAUAUACCAACUUAAUAUACGUAUUCAUAUCUAUGUGACGAUAAAUGUUGGACCUUUCGUUAAUCUUACCUUAAGCUGAAAAGCAAUUCUCGAAUUCGGCCGAGGGCAGGGUUGUAAUUUGACAAACCAUGCGAAAACCUUGUAUAAAAGCCCCAGAUGUGGUAUCUUUAGCUUCAUUAUCCCUUCGUCUUGAUUAGACAUAAACGGCUAAAGACAAACAUGAUCAGCUAUUACUUCCUUGGACAAAUGGUUUCGGUGAAGAUGAUGAUAUGCUUAGUUUUCCUGCAAACUCCGGCAACUGCUGCCGGAAAAGCCGAGGGCUUGGCGGCUGAAUUGCCGAGGAGGGAGGAGCUGGUGCACUGGGGUGGUUACGGUGAAGAAAAGCUCUCCACUGUUGUUAUUAGCGGCAAACUUCUCUGCCAUGCUGGCGCACAUGACAAACUUUCCGGCCAUCCGUAUCCCGUCUCAGGCGCAUCAAUGGCUGUUUUCUGCGGCACAAGCGAGAAGAAAAAGAAAUCAUGGGCAGUAGGCAGAACAAAUAAUUACGGAGAAUUCGUAAUCGAUCUUCCCUCUCAUCUACAUGCAAUUCCCAACUUGGAAAAAACAUGUGUCGUUAAAGUUCUUCAUGUCCCAAAGAGUUCCCCUUGUGGACGAGCUUUUACUGGCAAAAAUAAACGGAUAAAGCUGAAAUCAGUAGGCGAAGAUGCUCGUAUUUACACCACACACAACAUAAAUUUGAUUCCAAAACCUUCACAAGAGCACAAGAGAACGCAAGAGUCGAAACAGAACAUACCAUACCUGUCUCGAGUGGAUGGGCGUUUUCGUCACAUAAAAGUAUCUCGUGCUUGAAAUAUACUCAUGUACAGUGUGCUCUGUUUCGAGUGGAUUAUAAACAUAAACAAGAAAAAGAUAUAUAUAUCUCAACUGGGAUUUCAGUAAAUACGAAAAAUUUACGACAU